CACUGAACAGAGAAAAUACAGAGAGAGAGCCUGUCGAAGAAGUCAAAUUGAUCGUUUAGAAUCUUCAAUCAAAAACAAUCGAGAAUCGGACCGUCCUCUUACGACGAACACGGACUCUGGAUAUGGACAAGUGAAAUAGUACUUAAAGAGUAAGAGGUCACCAUUAUGGGAUAGACAGGAUCUGAAAACAGCUUUAAAUUGCAAAUUAUGUUUGGGAAGAAAGGUGCCAUAGAUGAGAUGGAGGCAGCUAAGCUGGCGUCCCUCAAACACUACCUCAGCAGAGAGCUUUCUACAUCCAUCAAAAAGCUCCAGAAGGAUCACAUAUCAUCAGAUUCAGCGAUACGAAGUGGUGAAACUGCAAACAAAAUCUGCAAUCUGGUUGAGGCAGUCUUUCUCCACGACCUCAAGGAGUCUUACAGUAGUAAGACACCGUGGCCUUUUUUGGUGAAGUUUACCCACAAGGAUGUGGUCUCACAGCUCAAGGGGCUCCGGCUGAUCAGCACAGAGAUCGGUUACUGUCGGGCAUGGGUAAGACUUGCUCUAAAUGAUGGGUUACUGGAUAGCUACAUGGACGCCAUACUGUCAGAUGGGAGAACUAUACAGAGUUACUACAAACGUACAUCGUUCUUAAGAGACACUGAAGAACCUCAUAUUAUGAAGAAUUAUCUGCAAGGUCUGGUGAACUUCACCUUCCAGUUGUCAUUCAACUCAUCUCUGCUCAAUGUUUGGGGAGCAGCGCCUCUUAUCAUUGCUGGAUCGUGGGACGAACCCAGAGAAAGGAAUCUCAGUAAUCCAAACGCAUCCAGGAAGAUUGUCACAGGCGGUCCUCCUCUAGGGAUCAACCCAGCAGACAGAACAUCUCAGGACCUUCUCUCCAAGAGCAAAGACGGACAAACUACAAGAGGGCAGAGGGCCUUGUCCUUCGAGGGGAGCUUUCAUGAAUGUGAGAUCAGUAGUACUCUCCUUCGCAGCCCCUCAGAAGAUGGAUCUACCCUCAUGUCAAUGGGGGAACCCAUCGACGUAACAUAUGCUGACCGUACCAUUAUUGAAAAUAGGGAGAAUCCGCCAGUGAGGGACUUUCCUGGGAUUGUUCAAGAUAGUUACGAAGAUGGCAUUGUCAUCCAUCUGGUGUCAGACAGUACUUUAGAUAACGCCUCUGGCACUGUUGACGAUAAAGUUGAAACAGUUUACCAGAGUAUAAGUGAAAGCAAACAUUUUACGGAGGAAAGAACAGAUAUGGUUGAAGAAGACGUUAGACCAGAAGGGUCGUCGAAUCCGUUCGAUCUUCAAGAGACGGACAAGAAAGGAGAGGAGGAAGAUGAAGAUAUCUUCAAAACCAAAGACACGUCGGACGAACCUCAUGGUACGCUCAGAGACAAUGGCGAGACGACGACUCCAGAGGGCGUUGUAGAAGAAACCAAACCAACUACUACCCCUGAGGAUGAUACAAAGGAAGAGGAGUAUCACCGUAACCAUGGCAACAGCCUCGGCGCGAUGAGUGGUUGGUCUUCAGUGUUUCAGAAUCCAGUGUCGCCAGAAACACCAAGUCGAGUGGAUUCUCGUCUGGAGGAAAGUGUUCCACAUAAUGCAGUGAGCUACAACACCAUCUUGCAACAGUAUACACUACAAGGUCCACAACCAGCUACCUUCUUACAAGACCCUUCAUCAUCAUCAGGAGAUCUGCCGGCUAAGACGGAGCAACCUACGAUCGAGGGAGCUCAAGGCUCUCGUAUAUCUCAAUCGUCUGAUCUUGAUGACAUCGCGUCGGACUUUGAGGUAAUUCCUUUAAGUACCUCACCAACAUCACAAUAUGCGGAUGCUCGAACGCAGUCUCUUCUUGCCAUGGUUACGGAGAUCGGUCGAGAGAAAGGUCUCGAUCGUCAGAACUACCAAUGUAAAGGAUGCUCAAGACCUGUGGGAAUCAUUUAUGGCAAAGCUAGAGUGUGUAACUACGAUGGGUGCUAUUAUUGCUAUGAAUGUCAUCAAGACGAUGAAGCCAUCAUUCCAGCUCGGAUCCUCUACAACUGGGACUUCAGGAAACACAAAGUUGCCGUCCACACCAAGUCAUUUCUACAGCAGAUCGAAGCGAUGCCUCUGAUAGACGUCAACGAAUGCAAUCCGUCGUUGUACAAGGCAUCGUCUGAGCUCAACAACAUCAUGACGGUACGGUCGCAGCUGAAGUACCUCAAGGCAUACUUGUUUACAUGUAAGAAGUCUGUGGCUGAAGAACUACGCAAGAAGAUCUGGCCUAGAGAGUACAUGUUAGACCAUGUCCAUCUAUACACGGUGCAGGACUUCUUACAAGUGCAAUCUGGAGUCUUGCUUCACUUCUUGAGGAAGGUGAUCGUGUUUGCCGCGAAACACGUCCAACAGUGUGGACUCUGCAGCCAAAAGGGCUUCAUUUGCCUCAUAUGUGAAAGCCCCAAGAUCAUUUAUCCGUUUGAUACCGAUCUGACGAUUAGGUGCGAAACAUGCAAGACUGUUUUCCACAAGGCCUGCAAAGUGGACACGGCUCCUUGCCCAAAGUGUGAACGCCGUCUGUUAAGACGUCGCCAGUUAGAAUCCUCGCCGGAAGAUCUCGACUUUGCAUCUCCCUUCACGUAAUCAACCUCAUUUCCAACUAUGGUAAGAUGUUCUUAUAAAUGGUUUGGGGCUUAAUGCCAUUGGACACUUUCGGAACAGAAAAAAAAAAAAAUUCACAGAUUUACAAAUAAUUUACAGGGUUUACAG